UCACAAUCUAGGACAUACGCAUCGAAUCUCAUCAUGCCUGAAGUAGCAAAACCCGCGCCCAAGAAGGGCUCCAAGAAAGCAGUUUCCAAGGUCGCAGUUAAGGGCGGAAAGAAGCGCCGCAAGUCCAGGAAGGAGAGCUAUGCCAUCUACGUCUACAAGGUGCUGAAGCAGGUCCACCCCGACACCGGCAUCUCCUCCAAGGCGAUGGGGAUCAUGAACUCCUUCGUCAACGACAUCUUCGAGCGUAUCGCUGGUGAAGCCUCUCGCCUGGCUCACUACAACAAGCGCCGCACCAUCACCUCCAGGGAGAUCCAGACCGCCGUCCGCCUACUGCUCCCCGGUGAGCUGGCCAAGCACGCCGUGUCUGAGGGCACCAAGGCGGUGACCAAGUACACCAGCUCCAAGUAGACCUCACCCUUCAACCAAACAAACGGUUCUUUUAAGAACCACGCAAUUCUGCCUAA